AUGAGAGCUUCCCCAACCCAGAACGGGUGGUUGAUCCAUGCUGCCUUGAUUUUGGCCAAUUCCAUCUUUGGCCUUGGAUCCAUUGUGGGUGCGUUGGGUAUUUCCAAUGAUACCAAUCCCUUGGCCUUUACGUUUGUUCGGGAGAUAUGCUCAGGGGGGAUCUUGUGGUGCUUGAGUGCCCUCUUUAGCAACAGCAAUCAGAAGAGUCUUCCAGAAUUGUCCAACUGGCCUCGCUUCUGGAAGCUGGGUUUUCUACUCUUUCUCAAUCAAGCAGGAUACAUUUUGGGGAUUGUGCUGGCUGGUCCUGUUGCCGGAAGUAUCUGGCAACCCAGUGCUCCCAUUAUAACCGUUGUCAUUUCCAUGAUUGGAGGCUUGGAACCAUGGAAUGCUAGAAGAGUCGUGGGAGUCAUGGUGGCUUUUGGAGGAUGUGCCGCAAUGGUGGUUUUCAACAAUCAAGGAGAUGAUGCCCCACACGGCAGAAAUCUGAACGUUUGGAUAGGCAAUGGUAUGCUCCUUAUGGAUUGCAUAGCUGCAGCUUUCUACAUUCUUUCUUCAAAACCAGUCUUGGUCAACUAUUCUGCUUUGACCGUAACUGCAUGGUCUUACAUUUUGGCAUCGUUAUUCAUGUUUGGCGCUAUCCUUUUUGCUGCCUCAGUGCCUGCCAUUGGUGCGUUUAUCUGCCCAUCCUGCAGGCAACAAGAAAGUUGCCUUCCAACAACCACAAUGCCUCUAUCUGCUCUGAUCUAUUACAUUUUGCUCCAAUCUGUUGCUGCAUGGGGGAUGAUUAUAUGGGCAAACCAGUUUGCAACAGCAACUCUAGUGGUUGGAUACUCUGUCACCCAGCCCAUGAGUGCAGUCCUCUUUGCAUGUCUUUUUUUGGCUUCUCAGUGGGUGAAACCUUGUCACCACAACUCUGAUGGUUCUUGCCUGGAUGAACCAGAGUUUGGAGCUCUCUGUGGCAUGGCUGGUGUGACAGUUGGGUUGGUUCUUGUUGUUCAAUCUGAACCACAGGAUCCUGCAUCCACUCAGCAAGAAGUUGAUGACAUCAAGAAACAUUCCUUCACCACAGCAGACUAUGGAAGCCUGAAUGCCAAUGUGGACAUUUGA